AUGCCUUUCGCCGAUGAAAAGGCCACAACGGCAGAGACAACGUCUCCUACCGACCAACCUGGUUUCUUCACCACAUCCUCAUCCGAGAAUGGGAAAAGCUUCGACGCCUACGUCCAUGAGAAACCCGAAUCAGCACCGGCAGCUUCACAGCUAGCAAACGAAGAUGGCGAUGCUCAGGCCGCAGCAGCAGCUCCUCAGGGCCCAGCUCCCGACAGCCCAGAGGCAAACUACAACCCCAAGUCUGCCAAGUUCUGGCUCAUCCUGCUCUCUGCGUUUGUGUCCAUGUUCCUCGUCGCCUUGGAUCGAACCAUCAUCUCCACCGCUAUUCCCACAAUCACCGAUGACUUCAAGAGCUUGGGCGACAUAGGAUGGUAUGGCUCGGCUUAUAUGCUUUCGACGGCUGCGUUUCAGCUGGUUUGGGGACGCAUCUAUCGCUUUUACGAUUUGCGUUUUACCUUUUUAACAUGCAUCAUCAUUUUUGAGAUUGGUUCUGCGGUAUGCGGUGCUGCGCCAAGUUCACCCGUUUUCAUUGUUGGACGAGCAAUUGCGGGUGUAGGCUCUGCAGGAAUCACCACAGGAUCGAUGCUGGUUACGAUCCCCCUGAUCCCCCUACCCAAGCGUCCCAUGUUUCAAGCCAUGUUCGGCCUGGUCUUUGGCAUCGCCAGUGUUUCCGGCCCCCUCAUCGGCGGAGCCCUCACCGAGCGCGCAACAUGGCGAUGGUGCUUCUACCUCAACCUCCCCGUCGGCGCCGUCGCCUUCGUCUUCAUGUUCCUCUUCCUGAGAAUGCCCAAGAAGGCCCAUCCACCUGCCACCAUCAGCGAGCAGAUUCUCCGCCUCGACCCCUUUGGCACCUUCUUCUUCAUCCCGUCCAUUGUGUCUCUCCUGCUUGCGCUGCAGUGGGGCGGCUCGACAUAUGCGUGGAGCAAUUGGCGCAUCAUCCUCCUCUUUAUCAUGUUUGGGCUCUGUGGCAUUGGAUUUGCUGCAGUUCAGAUUUUGAUGCCCAAGACGGCUUCGCUGCCUCCCAAGGUUAUUACGCAGAGAACCAUGUUUUUCGGAACGUUCUUCAUGUUGUUUACUGCAGGUGGAAUGAUGCUCUGCGUUUACUACAUUCCCCUAUGGUUCCAAACUACCCAUGGCAUUAAUCCGGUCAAGUCUGGUAUCUACACCCUUCCACUCGUUCUCAGUCUCGUGGUGGCAUCCAUCAUGUCCGGCUUCCUCACACAGAAAUCCGGAUACUACUCCCCAUCCCUCAUCAUCGGCCCAUGCAUCAUGGCCGUCGGCGAAGGCCUCCUAUCCACAUUCAAGCCCGACACCCCAUCCUCCCACUGGAUCGCCUACCAGUUCCUCACCGGUUACGGCCUGGGAUUCGGUUUCCAGACCGUCAACCUGGCCAUCCAAACAGUGCUACCCAAGGAGGAAAUCCCAACAGGCGUUGCCAUCCUCUUCUUUGCGCAGCAGCUCGGCGGUGCCAUCUUCGUUUCCGUCGGCCAGACGAUCCUCAGCACCCUGCUCGUCUCACGCCUCUCGGACAUCCCAGGCCUGGAUCCCAUGAUGAUUGUCAAGACUGGUGCGACGGAGCUCGCAAAGGUGGUUCCUUCGGAGUUUCUGUCCGCUGUGAUUAAUGCGUACAAUUAUGCCUGUACAAGAAUCUUCCUUGCCGCGGUGGCGUUGACUUGCGCUUCGCUGUUGUGCGCGUUUGGUGUUGAGUUUAGAAGCAUCAAGAAGCCCAAUAAGGAGGAGACAAAGGCAUAA